UUCAUUUAUAUAUCAUCAAUUUGGAUCCAAAAGCUUCCCCUCAAUAGAAUGAAUAAACCCAAAAUCUCCUCGAAUCAGAGCGAGGAAGAGGCCAUGGAUGCGAGCAACCACGCCGACGAGUUCAAUCCUACAACAAACUGGAAUCUCGCCGUCGGUUCUCUCACAGACUCCAUCUCCUUUGAGUCCUCCUUCACCGCCGUCGAUCAUGUCGCCAAGUCCCCGCUACUUCUACUCCCUCCGGUUCCGGUUCCCAACGGCGAGCCUUGUGAAAUUACAAUAACAUUUGCACAAGAGCAUGAAUUAAGGCAAGUUUAUAUUCGAAGUAGUGCACGAGUAUACGAAGUGUAUUACACGAAAAAGCGGCGUCAUGGCGAUAAGGAAUACUUGUGUACAGUUCGAUGUGGUGUUGCAGUGAGAGAUGAACAAGUUCUUCUGAUUCCUUUUACUGACUCAGAUGAUUCUAAUAAGGGUUCGAUGGUAAAAUAUAAUAAUGGUAAUGGACGAACGAGCAAAGAUGAUUGGGUUGAAGUGAAAGCGGGUGAUGAUUCUCUCUUGAAUGAUGCAAAAGGUCUGAUUCCAAUGUUACAGUUAGGGAAACAGGAUUUUUAUGAAGCUACUGCGGAGAUCAAUGAUGCGGAACCUUGCACUUCGAUUACACUCCGUCUUCUCUCUCUUCAGGAUAAAAGAUGUGCACUUGUUGAUCAAGUGUAUGUGUUUGCUGAUCCAAGUGAGUCAGAAGCAAGUGGAGCAGGAAUUUCAUCCACUAGUUCCUUGAUGGCUAUGUUUAUGCCCGCUAUUUUGCAGCUCUCUCGAGGAAAAGAACAAGUUUCUUCUGACAAGUCCAACAGCACUAACCCAUCAACUUUAGGAUACUCAAAUGACUCUGAUAAGAUCGUGAAUGAUAUUCACCAGGAGAUAAAUUUCAGCAAAGGUGAUCAAAUGGGAGUGAGCCCACCUCCAGUUUUUGUUGAUACUCUUUCAAAGCACCGAGUCUCUGGAGAAGAAAUCAGGCCUGCUAAUAUGGAGACUAUCCUGUAUGAUCUUGUUAACAAGGUUAGCAGAAUAGAAACUAUCCUGACAAGAUUUGAAGAUCAAAUGUUGAAACCUAUCAACAGUAUUGAUGCAAGGCUCCAGCUAGUCGAGAAGAAACUCCAACAGCUAGGAAACAAACCAUUUGAUUCUGAAUUGGUUUGUCAAACGAGAAUACCCAAUCCAGAUGCUCUGGGCAAUGCCAAUGAUACACAUAAAAUUCCUGAUACCCAUGAGUUGGAUCGAUUCUCUCAUAAUCCAAUAUUGGUUUCUUGUACAAAAUUACUUGUCCCUGUUGAAGAUGGUGCGGUUGUACUACCAAAUAACAGAUUGGAACAGCUGGAGUUUGAGAAUAGCUCAAACUCAAACUCAGGAAAUGAGAUCAGUAAUGAGGAGGUUGGUCAUUCUUUUGAAGAGAAACCAAAACGUUCCUUGUCUAUAAAUGAUGCUUUAGCAUCUGCACUUGCUGGAUUCUUGUCUUCACAUUCGAUCGCCGAUGGAAAAUACAGCAAAGCCCUCCUAGUUACAGCCCCAGAAUUUUUAUAUGAAGAUGAUGAGGAGGAGAUAGAAGAGAAACCUCAGACGAGUGGCCAUCCAGACAAAAGCCAAGUUCCAGCACAGGAGUUGGAAAACACGCACUCUACCUUGGGGAGCCCAACUUCUUCACAGGAAGAGCCUGAAAUUACUCCAUGUAUCAAAGAUGAUGGUUCUCAGGAAAUGAUAUAUGGAGUUUCUAAAAAACUGGAUGAUAGUUUUGGAGGGGAUGAGGAGGAAGCUGAGACGGUGGUUAGCAUCAGGGACAAUGCUUUAGAUGAAGAGAUGUUUACAUCAAGCACUAAAGCUGAUUGUUACACAGAAAAGGACAACCACAGGGAUUCCGAUUCCUUGAUACACGAGCUCAAGAAUCCAAAUGUAACUACUGCAAAAUGCAAAGGAGAGCCUGGAAUGGAUGAUGUCUUGAAGAGUGUUUUCGGUCUUCAACCGACUACUUCUUCAGUCGAUUUCCUAACUCCAGUCCUGGAUGUGAAAUUUAGUUCAGAGAGUCAAGACUCAGAUAGCAAAAGUUUCUUUGAGGCACUCUUCACAGAAGAUUCCAAGACUGAUGUAGAUUGCAAGAACGAAGCUUAUGAUGAUGAUAACUUAGUCUCAGUGGAAGAUGAAGAACUCAAAGGACCACCAACAGAUACCCUUUCGUCUGUGGAGAUGGAUCACUAUGAGACGAAUGAAAUGCAUCUACACUUGAAUGAUGAAAUAUCAGAAGCAAGUCUGAUAUAACGGAGAAAGUAAAUGCCCGCAUUUUCCUGAUAAAUACAUUCUGAGGUUUUUGCUCUGUUGCAGUCUAGAGGCUAGUGUUGAAAGAAGUUGUAAGGUUUAAUGAUACUAGGGGAUGAUUGAACUCUGGUGGAUUAUUA